UCAGAUGUCAAGAUCAACCAAUUCCCAAGCUAUGAACUUGUUAAAGAAGUGAAGAGUAUAUUAUCACCCCAAGAGUUUCAGAGGAUCAAAAGCACAUUCCUGGGACCAGUCUUGAAGAUAAUUGGAAGAGGGUUAAUAAUGUCGGGAAAGAUGGUGCACUGUUUCCUGAGCAGAAGUUUGAAAGUUUCGAAGUCUAAUGAAAUAUGGGUACACUUUGGGGGGCAGCCAAUGAGAUUCUCUAUUAGAGAAUUUCAUAUGGUCACAGGCUUGAAAUGCUAAGAAUGGGAGCAGAAUGAAGAUGCAGAGAAGAAGACUUUUGAUUGGGCUUCCACAGACCAGGCGCACACAUGUGAAGACGUGGUCGAGAUUCUGAGAAAAACUAAUCGAGAGGACUUGGAUGAAAGAUUUUGUCUUGCUAUGCUGAUUCUUAUAGAAGGCAUAUUCUUCCAGCGAUACAAAGGAAACAAGUUCCCUGCCAAGAAACUCAAGAAAGCUCAAGACAUAGAAGUCAUAAUGAAUCAUCCUUGGGGGAGAGAUGCAUACAAAUUGUUGCUUUCUUCAAUCAAGAAGAAUGUGCCAUCCAAUCUAGUAAAGAAUAAAUACGAUCUCCAUGGUUAUCCUCUAGCAUUGCAUCUUUGGAUUCUAGAAUCAGUGCCUCUGCUACAAUCUUCAUUCAGCACAAUCAGUGUCAUAGAGAGUCCACAAGCGUUUUUGUGUGAGAAAUACACAAGCACUGCCAGUCCAUCAAUUGCUCAAGUGGAGAACAUUGAAGCAUUGAAACAUCUGAAGGUGAUUAGCAUAUUACCUUCAAUACCUGGUGAUGAAGAAGAUUCUGUAGCUUUAGAGGACAUUAACGAUCAAGACUUGAGCUUUUUAAUGGAAGUUAUUAACAAGGGCUACAAGCUGACAGUUGACGACUGGACUAAAGGCUGCUUGGAUGUUGGUGCAGUGAUGGAAGAAAUAGCCAUCAUGUCGUAUCAGUUACGAAACAAAGAGACCCUAAAACCGUCUUCAUCUGGUGAGUCAAUCAUGGAUAAGUUAGACAACUUAUACAAGAUUGUGCAAGAGGGAUUCAGAACAACAAACACUCGCUUAUCAAAGAUAGAGGAACAUCUAAACAUUCCCAAGGCUGCAAAUACAGAUGAUCAGCAUGAACGCCAAAAUGAUGGUGAGAUCCCUCCAGAUAACACUACUCAUGAUGAGUAUGACCCCAUGCAUGUACCAGAUCCAGUAAUGACAGAGAAUGAUAAUCAGUGUGACACAGAGAAUGAUAAGCAGUAUGAGACAGAGAAUGAGUAUGAUCCCAUGCCUGCAACAAGUCCGUUGAUGACAGAGAAUGAUUUGCAGUGUGACACAGAGAAUGUUCAAGAGAAGAUAACAGAGAAGGAUACUAGGGAAGCCAACACACAAAAUGAAGAUGAGGAUCAAAGCAACAACCAGAAUGAAAAUCGAGAGUUUGAUCCAGAAGAUAGCUAUUGCUUCCCAUCUCCAACACAGUCGUUGUCACAAACAGUUCAACUUCUGGAAGAAGUUGAAGUUAUGUACGAGAAGAAGUGGAGAAAGGGGAUUGUGAGGACAAUUUUUCAAGAAUCUGUACAAGUGUAUAUGUAUGACUCAGAGAAGGAGCAUAUAUUUGAUAAAAAAAACAUAAGGUUCUACAACAAAGAGAAGAUUCUACAUCAAGACUCAACAUCUAAACCUCCUACUCCAGCAAAUCAGAAUCCUAAUGAGGAAACACAACCUGAAAAUUCAACUGCUGAGUUCUAUACUCCAACUGAAGCAAAUACUCAAACACAAACAGAGGUGAUAACAGAGAAGCUGGAUCAAUCAAAUGAGAUGAAUACAAAUGAAGCAAAUGAGAAAACAGAGGAGAUCACUCAAAAGAUGGAUCAAGUUGAUGAGGUAAUAACCCGCAUUGUUGAGGAGACAGUGGAGAUUACUCAGAAGAUGGAUCAAGUUGAUGAGGUAAUAACCCAAAUUGUUGAGGAGACAGACGAGCUUACUAAGAAGAUGGAUCCAGCUGAUAAAGAUGGUGAAGAAGAACAAGAAGGCAAUCAAAAUGAAGAAGAUAGUUAAGAACC